AUGUUCGGGAUCCAGGAGCAUCUGAUGCGAGAAGUGAGCGGAUUAAAAGAGAGAACUCUUGGAGAGGAGAUGGAUCCGGUUCGGUCGUGGGUGCGUAAUGUCGGGGUUGUGGAUGCGAACGUAGCGGCGCAAAGUGGAGUAGCUUUGUCAAGAGCUCAUUUUGAGAAGCAGCCGCCCUCAAAUCUCCGCAAGUCCAACUUCUUCCACUUUGUCCUGGCUCUCUAUGACCGACACGGCCAACCUGUGGAGGUGGAGAGGACUGCCUUUGUGGACUUUGUUGAACAUGACAAGGAGCAGACAGGAGAAAAGACAAACAACGGUACACACUACAAGCUACAGCUCCUCUACAGCAACGGGGUUCGCACGGAGCAGGAUCUUUAUGCACGACUUAUUGACUCUGUAACUAAACAGCCCAUAGCAUAUGAAGGACAAAACAAGAAUCCAGAAAUGUGCAGAGUUCUGCUCACACAUGAGGUUAUGUGCAGCCGCUGUUGUGAGAAGAAAAGUUGUGGCAACCGAAACGAGACGCCCUCUGACCCAGUCAUCAUUGACAGGUUUUUCUUGAAGUUCUUCCUAAAAUGUAACCAGAAUUGUCUGAAGACAGCGGGAAACCCGAGGGAUAUGAGGAGAUUUCAGGUGGUCUUGUCCAGCACUGUGAGUGUAGACGGCCACGUCCUCGCGGUGUCUGACAACAUGUUCGUCCACAACAACUCAAAACACGGCCGGAGGGCCCGCAGACUUGAGCCAGGCGAGUCUGUCGAGAAUACAAUGGAAUAUGCAGCCACCCCGUGUAUCAAAGCCAUCAGCCCCAGUGAGGGCUGGACCACCGGCGGGGCGAUGGUCAUCGUCAUCGGGGAGAACUUUUUUGACGGCCUGCAGGUGGUGUUUGGUAGCAUGCUGGUGUGGAGUGAGCUGAUCACGCCACACGCUAUCCGUGUCCAGACGCCUCCUCGACACAUCCCCGGGGUCGUCGAGGUCACACUGUCUUAUAAAUCCAAACAAUUCUGCAAGGGAGCGCCUGGGCGCUUCAUCUACACAGCCCUCAAUGAGCCCACUAUAGACUACGGUUUCCAGCGUCUUCAAAAGGUCAUUCCUCGACAUCCCGGUGACCCAGAGAAACUAGCCAAGGAGAUUCUUCUAAAGAGAGCAGCGGAUCUUGUUGAGGCCCUCUAUGGAAAUCCACACAGUAAUCAGGACAUGCUGCUGAAACGUGCGGCGGACAUCGCCGAGGCGCUUUACAGUGUUCCCCGUCCUCACAGUCAGCUGCAGGCACUGCCUAGCUCACCAGCCCACGGCAGUGUCAUGGGCCUGGGCUCCUAUCCUUCCCAGUUAGGCGUCAGCAUCGGGGACCAUGGACAGAGCAGCCAAGGUUACAUUAGGAAUUCCAGCAGUUUGUCUCCAAGGGGUUACCAAUCAGCCUCCACUCCCCAGCAUUCAAGCUACGGGGGCAGCGGAGGGAUGACUGGAGGCUAUGGGACAGUUCCCAUGACCAGUCUAGGAGUACCUGGCUCUCCUGGUUUCAGCAGUGCCUCUCCCACAGGCUCUCCCUACAUAAUGCCCUCCAGCCCCACUAUACCAGGGAGCUCCAGCUCAUCAUCGUCUCUCUUGCCUUUCUCCUCCUUCCCGUCUGCUGCUAAACAGAAGAGUGCUUUUGCUCCCGUCCUGAGGCCCCAGGGCUCUCCCUCCCCUGCCUGCCCCGCCUCAGGGGGAAACAGCUUCAGAGCGAUGACGGGCCUGGUUGUUCCCCUGAUGUAG